UCUACAGAAGGCAAUAUAACACCGUUCUCUCCUCUCCCACCCCAGUGUGUCUGUGGCUGCUUGUUGCCUUCUUGGCAAAGGAUCAAGAAGUGAUUCAAUAGAGAAGGGGGCGCAGAGGACUGGCGUCAGAGCAAUGCGCCAGAAGAGGACUGCCGUCGAAGAAUCAAGGAAAUGGAAUAUUGAAGCUGUAACCACAAGUUCUGCCUCGGCGGUGACGUCCCUGCGCUACCGGACUGGGCUGAGUGGAGACAGUAGUAGGUUAGGCAGUGGGAGAGACGGAUCACACGGACGACCUAGUAAAGAACAUUCUACACUGCUGUCAUGAAGCACUGGUUGUAACUUCAUUGUUUGUUGCUGUAGUCCGGAGACAGACAGGCAGAGGAGAAGAGUCGGAGAAACGGAAGGAACUAACCGUUUCUAGUUUCUGAAAACGUAUUGGAUAGAUUCUAACAUAGAGACGUGGAUUAGAGAGAGAUAGAUUUAAGGUCCGUUUUUCGGUGAAAGGGAAGCUAUGUCGUCCGCCACGGUAGCUGCCUCUCGUAGGCAGUCGUGUUAUUUAUGCGACCUGCCCCGCAUGCCCUGGGCUAUGAUCUGGGAUUUUACCCAACCCAUCUGCAGGGGAUGUGUUAACUACGAAGGAGCGGACCGGAUCGAGUUUGUGAUUGAGACAGCCCGGCAGCUGAAGCGGGCUCACGGCUUCCAGGAGGGGAGGUCUCUGGGGCCGGGGAAACAGCAGCUAUCGGGGAAGGAGAUCCAGUCUAACCACCACGGGUCGGGAGGAGACUCCGGAUCCCGGCCGCCCCAGCCACUGGACCGCUACCCCCUCUCCUCCUUGGACCGUCCGCUGCGGCUGGGACCAGAGUACCAGUCUGGGAGACAGGCUAACGGCAUUCCGGUACCUAAUGGAUUUCCUAAACCGGACGAUCCACCCGAGCUCAACCGGCAGAGCCCCAACCCGCGCAGGAAUAACACGGUUCCUCCUAAUCUAGUUCCUCUGGUGAACGGGAACAUGUCCUCGAUACAUGCAGUUAACAGCAGACCUUUGCGACCGAUGGCGAUGGGGCACCCGGGGUCCGGUUUGAUGGCAGGUAGCCCCAAUGAGCACGGCGGCGUUAAACGGCUAGUCUCGGUCUCCAGCAGCGAUCAGCAGGAGAAGGAUAAGCAGCACAUACCUGACAGCCUGACUCCGGAGAUAGAGAACCACAAAGCCCGGGCAGAUGAGUGGAUGAAUAAGGAGAAAACUGUCAGGGACUUGAUGGUUCUCCAUGCUUUCGACAGCCGGUUCAAGAAGGAUCAUGCCGCCAUGCAUCAGAGGGUGAUGGGCUAUGAGCAACAACAGAACGCCGCUGCUUCUAAAUCAGACAGGGGAAAACACCCGCGGAAUAUGAAGAGGAAAGCAUCGCCAGAACCGGAGGGAGAGAGAGAGGGAACCGCCUCCAAGCAUAACGGAGAGGACCGGCAGCGGUGGUUACCAGGUCCACCAUCUGACUGUGACGGACAUAAAAUGGCCCUGGGACCGCCACCAAGCAUCUCCUCCAUCCCCCCCACGAUAUCUCCCCACUCACGCACCACCCCACCGGAAGCUGGGCAGAACGGCCAGUCCCCCAUGGCGGCGCUGAUCCUCGCGGCAGACAACGCCGGUGGUGGCGGGAACAGCUCGCCCAAAGACGGGAACCAGGUCCACUCCACCACGCGCCGUAACAGCAGCAGCCCUCUCUCGCCCUCCUCCGUGAACCAGAACCGGCGUCAGGGGAGGGAAGCAUCCGGUGGUGUGGGGACACUUCACGCGCCAGGGGGAGGAAUGAUGGACCAAGGGCAUCAAAGCAUUCCGGACUCGUCGGUACCCGGGAGCACACCUCUCUGCUGCACGCUGUGUCGCGAGAGGUUAGAGGACACACACUUCGUUCAGUGUCCGUCGGUGCCCUCGCACAAGUUCUGCUUCCCGUGCUCGCGGGAGAGCAUCAAACAGCAAGGGGCCACCGGGGAGGUGUACUGUCCCAGCGGGGAGAAGUGCCCGUUGGUGGGCUCUAACGUACCGUGGGCUUUCAUGCAAGGAGAAAUCGCUACCAUCCUUGACGUGAAAGUUAAAAAGGAGAGGGAUCCUUGAGAUGUAAUUUUCUAAAUAUUUUUUUGGGGGAAAAUGACAAAGUAAGAGUGUAUAAAUAUUAAAAUGAAGUAGCACAUACCAUCCAAACAAACUAACCAACCAACGGACUUUGUACAUAUUUUAUACGAACCAAGGGGACUACUGUGGGCCAUACUUUGUAAACAAGGCUGUAUAAUAUUGAGAUUUUCUGAAAACAUUGUGUUUCUAUAUUUUUGAAGAUAAAGGUAUGUAAUCAUAAUAGAACUGGGCUCUCUCUGCCCCUAUUUGUUGAUGUAGGCCUACUUCUAGAGCAGCGUUCCGAAUGGCACCCUGUUACCUACUGUAUAUAGUUCACUACUUUUGAGCAGGGCCCAUUGGGAAACCCACAGGGCUCUGGUCAAAAGUAGUCCACUACAUAGGGAACAGGGAGCCAUUCGGGACGCUGCCUCUGUCUGGUUGGCUGUUCCUGUUCAAAAGGUAGAAUGUGACUGAUGAUGACGCCCCUCUCCAUGAGCACUUGGCAACCAACUGAAAUGCUUUUAGCUGUAACUUGUAUGCACUUGUUUCAAAAUAAUUGCCAAAUACAAUGUGUGAUCUUGUAUGAAGAA